CUAGAAUCCGUCUAUUAAAUCUGACUCAGUGUAAAACAGCUCUCCGGGUGACCAUUCAUUUGAUACCCCAGAUCGCUGGAAAAUACACUUUCCCUAUACAUCCUAUAUACCAGUUAUGCCAUGGCUCAAAGGUACUUAAACCUCGCAAUUGCCAGUCAUCAUGGCUAUUAUCAAUAUCAUCAUUCUCUGUAGUUGAUUACCUCGUCGUCUUUCAUCCCAAUUAGUUUAUUAUUUUCUGAGCUAUAAAGCAAAUCUUACUUUCAAAAUGAAGUUCUCCAUCUCAUCUGCUUUGCUGAUCACUGCUACCAUUUUCUCCGUUGGUAAUGCCGCUCCCCCAAAUCUCCCGGCGCCAUGUUUGGAGAUCCCUCAGGCCCUCAGUCAGCAGCCCACCAGAAUAAUGCAAUACUUUAAUGCACAGGUCUGUGAGAGGGCCCGGUGUGUUGCCACAAUCAACGAGUACAACCAGUAUCUCCACAACAACAUCGUCCCGCAACUCAUCCAGGACGUAAACAACAACCUGGGUGUAUCCGCCGAUGAGCAGGCGUUGCUUAACCAAUUCCGCACUCAGCUGGUCGCAGUAGCGCAGCAAAGCUGUGCAGCUGAAGGAAACAGGCCUCUGUGCAACAACCCGGAAGGACUGCUUAAUUAUAAUGCCUGUGUUACCAGAGCCACCCAGCCGAUCCUGGAGCAGCAAGCGAACCAGCUAUCCAACGUAGCUCAGCUCACCGCGGAGAAGUGCCAGAAGGUCAAGCAGCUCAUCUCUGACGAGACUUUUUGGUCCAAGAAUCUUCCUGGGUACAUUGACCAAUUCGCUGCCAUGUGCAAGAAGGGCAACUAGAGGUGAGUAUCCUACUCAAGCACGCCGUUUAUACCACUAUCGUUGCUAAUUCGACGCACUAGGCCAUAUCGCUAUUAACGCUCCAGUCUAAAG